CGAUAGAGGGACAAAACAAACGUAUGACGACUGAGCCAUGGCAUUCAUUCGAUUGGACACUUGAAUUCCUUUCAAGAAAUAUUAUAUUUUUGUGUGUCAACUGUAAAGCAUGAAGGCUUGGUGCGGUGUUUUUAAUUACCACUCUGUUCCUUCUCGGUCCAGUUAUGCUCCCGUGAAAUGUUAUUUUAAGGAAUUUUCGUAGACUCUAGAAGUUUAUACUCUGAUUGCAGCUAAUUCGUAAAGCGUUAGCUUAUUAUUUAGAGGAAAUGCAAGUGUUCUCCAAAUAGAAACGCAACAUAAUAGAACAGGUUCUCGGUUAUUUGGAAACCAUCGACAGAAGCGAUUCGCUGGCUCGUGUCGUUUCUUCCACCGUUGGCAUGUACCAUACACGUGUAUCAACAUCGUGGACCCCUCCUCUUCCACAAAACUAUCACUACCCGAAGAUCAUCUUCCCAAGUAAAAGCCGCGUGCUAACCGAGUGUGGCCACAGACAGCAUCAUGAGCUUGGUAACGCUAGCCUUUUUACUGGCGACCGCGUCGAUCACCUUGACGAGGUGUCAGGACGCAGACAUCGCCCUGAAAAGCUUGAACGUCACGCAGCAACCAAUCAAAAUCGACAAAAAUCUUCGGCAAGCUCUUCUGAAGGCCCUGUCCGAACUGGAGGCCGAAUCUGCCGAACAGCACAGAAACGAAAAAGAAUCCCUCGCCGAAAGAGAUGUCGGCAACACCGAUGGCGUAUCGAAGAAGAACCUGAACAACGAGCUCGGUGUACAGAAAUCCAUGUACUCGUUCCAUGGGUUCCCUACGGACGACGAGAUACCAUCCGAGGACAAGCUACAGAACUCCAGCUUCGUCGACGCGGUUCGCUACGUGACCCUGAAGACACCUUCGAUGAACAUCGAGAAGGCUGGUCGAGAUGACGCGAGGAGCUUCCACGUUCAGAACGUGAUACUGUCCGAGAAGAGUGCCCCGGCGUUCGGUGCUAAAACGGAACCCAAGCUGGAGCAGAAAGCGUCGAAAGCUCCGCAGACCUCCGACACUUUCACCGUGAACAAGGUGGAGAGCCUGACGUUGAGGCCAGCCACGGAGAUCUCGGAGAGUCUCACAGGAAGCGCCAGCACAGGCAUCGCAACAGCGAACGCGCUGGUCGGUCAGAAAUCGGUGGAAUCGGUCCCGGCGAUCGCGACGAACGGCAACGUAACCGCUCCCGGCGACUCGAAAGACAAGACGGAGGAGGUGAAAAUCUUCCAAGCGCCUCUGGUAGCCGCGUUCACCGUCCAACAGGACGAACAGGGCGUGCCAAAGAGCGUCGUGCCUAUCUUCCGAUCGCCGAACGAUGGGCAAGCGUUGACGCUUCAAGAGCAAUUGGAAUUCAAACAGCAGCUGCUGGAGAAGCAGCUGGCGGAGCUGCAGCAGCAACAGGUCCAGCAGACGCAGUUCCUGGUGAGGCAGCAGCAGCUCUACGAGCAACAGCUCAGACAGAAGCAACAACAACAGUACUAUUUCCAGGAACAAUCCAGAAUCAAACAGCUGGAGGAGCAAGCUAGAUUGAAACGACUCGAGGAGCAGCGUUUCAAGCAGCUCGAGGAACAGAGACUGAAUCGAUUCCAACAGCAACGUCCUCUUCCGCAGAAGCAGUUCUUCUUCGACCAAAGCAACAAUCUUCUGUCGUUCCAACCACCCAUCGACCAGAAUGUUCAUCUCCAACCUAGCCUGGCCUUGGAGGUGCCUAAUCCCGCCGCACCUCCAGCCUUCCAACCAGCGUUCCAAGAACAGAUACGCUUGCAACCCUUCCGUCAGCAACCACAGAACUACCAACAGCAACAACCGCUCCAGCAACAACCGCUCCAGCAACAACAGCAGCAAUUGCACCAACCGCAACAGCAGCAGCAGAUACCUCAGGCACAACAGUCGCAACAUCUGCACCAGUCUCAGCAGCAGCAGCAACAUCAUCAACGACUCCAACAGAGCUUCCCCACUUUUCCCGUCGAUUUCCAGCCCUCGUUCCCCUCGACGACGAGAUUCAACAGACAGGAGGCCUUCAACGCGGUUGGCAAUUUCGGAUUCAACGCCGACAAAGCCCCCAGCAGAAACAACUUCGGAUUCAGCGUUCCUCAACGUACCAACUAUUACAAUCCUUACACCCAGUAUAGACAAACGAAGCCGGCGACGCCCGCCAAGCAGAUCCAACAUCUUCUGUACCAGUCCGGUAUCGCCGGAGAUCUAGGCAACGUGCAAGGCACCGGGAACCAAGAGGAUCUGAAUAUCGUCUCCAAAGUCCUGGCUCUGAACGUGGGCCACGUGCCCAUCAAGGGCCUCCAGUACAAGACGAACUCGGGGACCGUCUCAUUCGGGAAAGCAUCGGCGUGAAGAAAGAAGUGGAACCGGUGGCAGACGAGCCAUGCAAAUGCAGGACGAUAUUAGUCAGGUGAAAUCGAGCUCUCACUUUUUCCUCCUUCGUUUCUCCGUUCGUCUUCCUCGUCUUCGAUUCGACGCGUCCCGGCGAGUAACCCUUCGCGCAGACGUAUCAGGAUGAUCGAGAAAAUAUCUUGCAUUGUUCGUUCGUUAUUAACGGUCUCCUUUUCGUCUCCUUCGGAUUCCAAAGGUCAACAGGGUCUUCCGAUUCUUGAGACAGUAAAUUUCACCUGUGCGAUCAUCCACAAGUCUGGGACCUAGUUAGAAUUCUAGUAGAAGCCGGCUCAAAGCUACGUUAACUCAUAUUUAUGUUUCGCUUUCAACAUCGACGAAUUCCACUGUUGCGUUUCCUUGGCUGAAUAAUUAUCAGACAUUCGAAAAACCGACGUAACGCUUUUUAUGUGACAUUCGUAAAAAUCAGUGGAGAAGAAGGCAGUUGCAAUAAGACAAGACGAAGAGAUUUGUACACCUAACGCAAUCACGGCAUCCGUUAUUUGUUAUAUAGUAUUUAUAUAACCGCGUUUAGCACCAACCGCUGAAUGGGGAUGAAGAGAUGCGCGAUCUCUCCUAAUUAGUGAUUCAAUUACUGGCUCGAAUCCGUUAUCGUGACGGUGGAAGUCUAAACGGCAGUUUGACUCGAUGCAACGCAACUCGACGGUUAUUGUAAUCGGCACGCUGGAAUCUCGAACAAUCCCGAGUGAAAUCGAACCGAAAUCUACGCGCGAUUGCGCGGAAAUUUGCGUGGGAUCCCGACGAUUCCCGAAGAAAAACGCGACUUUCCACGCGCUCCUCGCAACGAGGAAGUCCUUAACGGCUCGUAAUGAUAUUAAUUACGAUUGAGAAUGUUUGCGACUGGAGUCCGCCCGUUUGCACCGGUUGUCUUCGAAUUACGUAACGCUUGAACCGUAUUACGACAUAUUUUCUGUAUAUAAUCGCGCGAUCCUCGCAUUUCUAUCGUCAAUCGCGCUUUUGUUUCUCCUUUACUUUCCGCGUUGUUCUCGUUGCAUCGAUUAGCGAGGUAACAUUAGAUUGUCCAAAAAGUUUCUUUCGCUUUAGUGAUACAUGGACGAUAGUUUAUGUUUUAUGUUACAUUACCGAAUCGUGCACGAUUCAUUUUGCUCCAUUACUGUUACAACAUGAAUAUCUAUGAAAUUAGAUUGUCUAUUUAUAGAAACACGACCACGUCAAAUAAUUGAGUGCAACUCGCGAAAGAAACUUUCGGGACAACCUGACGUAUGAUAGCGUACCAGUCGUAAAACCAAAUGUAAACGUCUUAGCGUUUCAUGAAUCGAAAAUGAUUAAUUUUUCCCUAUCCGCGUUUCUUAACACUAACUCCAGAUGAUAUCUUUUCUAGGUCCUGACCUCGGCUCUUUUCACUUUUACUCUUUUAUCUAACAAGAAGACGUCGCAUCUAUGAGGUUGUAGAUUUACACGACGAUUUAGACGUUUAUUCUAUAGAUACGAAACAUCGUAUCCCUCGAAGCUUUUGUGCCAUUGUGCUUCAGUUUUUAUAAUAUUAAUCGUCAAAGUUCAUAAAGUUUCGUUACGUAGUUACUAUAUAAAUAAACAUUCGAUCACAAAACAAAUCCAACGAAUUCGUAAAAUGAUUAUCUUGUCGUCUAAUUCUGAAUUCUGUAUGUAUAUUCAUAGAAACUUCGACGAUAAUUACUAUUAUCAAAACCAAGACCCGAUAGCACAAAAUUUUCGAGGAUUACGUUUAUUAAUGUUUAUUAUUCAUACAAUAAAGUCUAAAACCCGAUAGAUGUAAUGUGUCAUCUUGCAAGGAAAAUGCCUUCUCAUUAUUCGAUAAUAAUAUCUAUAAUAAUACCUUGCCCAACCUAAUAGCGAUCGAGAUGUUCGAUCAGUGAAAUGUUAGGCCAUUUCUGAUUCUAUCAGUGGUCCCAAUUCGUUCCCGGUAUCCCACAGGAUAAGGGAUGACGAUGAGCGUGCGUGCGAGCCACGGUUAUCCAAAGUCCAAAGUCAGAAUUUCUGUCCAAGUUCGAACGAAUCUCGUCAGGUCGUCGCGUUGAAGCCUCGCCUUCCUCAGCGGACGACUCGAAGGACAACAGACGACAGCACCGCGUUAUACCUGGUGCCUUGAACCAGCCUUGGCCCCGCUGACUAUUAAUUAUUUAUCUAGAUGUACGUGUAGAACCAGCUAGAAACGGGACGUCGCGCUACCAGGAAUUCAACUCUCCCGAGAUCAAGGGUCUCGCAGAACCGUGUAUCCGGCCACGCUUCGAGAUUGAAAAUACCUCUGCCGACUGUAAAUAAACUUUCGCCACGAGGAUACCUCACGAUACCACCGAGGAAGGCUCGCCGUGUGUGUGAGUAUGCGCACGUCCUCAAUUUCACGAACGUUUGGCAUAGAUUCGUGAUUUCUCUCCGACGAAUCCUCUCAAAGGGUAAAUCGUUAUUGAUACAAAAGCAUAACAUAACGCUUUGCUAACUGUACACUCUUCGAAUCGUGAACUACAUACGAUAACGUACCUUAAAGCGAGUCUUUAGGAGAUCUUUCAGGUUUGUAAAGCGUUAACGUCCACUGGAAUGUUCGUUAUAUACGUUCGCGCGACCCUCCAGAGCCCUUUCUUUUUAAUUUCAAGUGCGUAAACAGGAGAACCUGGGAAAGUUGUAAUACGAUAGCCACACGCGGCGAUUUCUAAAUGUGUGUUAAGACUUAAACUUACGUUACGAAUUAAUAUAACAUUAGGGUACGUAGAUGAUAUGUUAGACGUAAUCGACAAGUUUUGCUUGUAAUUUAUCUGACGCCAAACUGUAUGAACUUUGUAAAGAUGUUAAUAAACUAAUUCGUUGUAGAAAAUACA